AUGAUUUUGAAUAGCCUAUUCAAAAACUUCAAGAACAUCAAAAGAUAUCAAAAGCCAAUCAAAGCUAUUCUCGUGGUUGUGCCUCUGCUUACCUUCAAAGUAAGCAAAGAGACCCAUGUCUCCACUAACGAGCCUGUUCAACAUUAUAUAGAUAGAAACAUCGAACUCGAGAAGCCUUCAGACUCCACACCUCUUUUUACUUGUAACAGAUUCAUCCUCAAUGACCUUCCUCCAAGACGGACAUUAAGGAUUCAGGGACUUCCAGACCAAAAGGAAAACUACUAUCCCAUAAUCUCAACUCUAAAGUCGAUGGCCAUAAAGAAUAUCAAUGUGAUCAUCGACCUAAACCCUCCAGAUGAGAAAUGCAUGUAUCUGUUCGAAAUAGACCUGAGGUUUGCCGGCAGCACAUGCAUGCUGAUACAUCCACUGAAGAACCACCAGCCCAACUCAGACUUCUUUCUUGUUGCUGGAGACUUCUUUCCCUCCAAAAUGUCCUUCGACCCCAUGGACAUCCUUGUCACAAACAAGCCGUCAAAUCGCCUGCACAUCUUGCUGAAAGGUACUCCCCGGAGUCUGAAAAUGCUUAUUUGCUUUAUUAAGUCGAUUUCGUUUAUAAGGACCCAUCCAUACGGAAGCUACUUCUAUAUCCCAGUAAGCCAUGGAUACAUAGAUAUCACCAUAUUCAUGCCUCUAGUGAUUUGCGUGUUGGUUUACUACAUACUUGACUGGAUUUGGACUCCCCACCAUGUCUCUGUUCCAAGGAUAUUUCUAGGAUCUCUUCUCUAUUCGUUCUUUCCUAUUUCAUUUCUGUUCUUCACAAGGAAAAACGAGUUUCUUUGUCUUUCAACGAUCUUCAUGGUCCUGAACCCAAAAAUAGGCCUGGCGUACAUUGGGAUAUGCUACCUAAGAAUGGUGUACGAUACCUUCUCCAUUGCCAUACAGAUGCUGAAGUCAUCAAGAAUGUCCCCAAUGGAUGAAAGAUCUUUUAUAAAUUACAAAGCUAAACACAAGGUAGAAUAA